AUGGCGCCGUCACAGCUGAAGCAACUAAAGGCGUCAUUGCGAGAGAAAGGCGUAGUUGGCCCCCAGCAAUCCAAGAAGCAAAGGCAGAAAAACUCGAAAUCCGGCGCCGCAGCUGAGAAUCGCAUAAAACGAAAUGCUGCCCUUCAAGCAAUACGGGAACAGUUUAAUCCUUUCGAAAUAAGAGCUCCUGUGCGGCCGUCAAAGUUUGCUGUCACCACUACGAGGCCAGAGAGAGGGCCGGCGCAUCGGCCUGGCGUGACUAGAGGUCUUGGAGAAGAGAGGAGAAAACAAACCCUUCUCAAGGAACUCCAAAGUCGAAACAAGGUCGGCGGCCUUCUUGAUCGAAGAUUUGGUGAAAAUGAUCCAUCCAUGACCCCUGAGCAACGAGCGGCCGAGCGCUAUGCAAGAGAGAGUCAGAAACGGUCGAAAAAGGAAGGAUUGUUCAAUCUCGAAGAUGAAGACGAAGGCGAAAUGCAACUCACCCACAUGGGACAAUCUCUAUUUGGCGUGGAUGCAGGAAAGGAUGACUUCAACGAGGAGCUGAGUGGCCUGGAAGAGGAGAGCGACUCUGGAACAGGCAAAAAGAGGAAACGUAUAGUGGAAGAAGUUGAUGAUAUGGAUGGGAUGGCCGAUGAGGAUGAGGAUGAGGAAGAACAGCCUGAGCGGAAAAAGUCCAAGAAUGAAGUCAUGAAGGAGAUUAUCGCGAAAUCAAAACAGUACAAAUAUGAACGCCAAAAAUCCAAGGAAGAUGAUAAUGAGCUUCGAGCUAUUCUGGACCAAGGCCUGCCUGACGUGUUUGCGAUGAUGCGGGGAACGAAAGCAGCGGAGCCCAAGCCCGCACCAGGACCGGCCCCGGAGCCGCCUCACAUGAACCCUGAUCGUGCUGCUUUACUGGGUGGGAAGGAUAGAGACGAGGCAGAUCGCGAGUAUGAUCAACGGCUGAGGCAGAUGGCGUUCGACAAGCGCUCCAAACCCUCGGAGCGAACCAAAACCGAGGAGGAGAAGAUCGAAGAAGAAGCAAAGCGGUUGCAGGAGUUGGAGAAUGAAAGACUAAGGCGCAUGAGGGGAGAAGAGGAGAGUGAUGAGGAGCAAGCAGAUGGUGCCGUAGAAGAAGAAUUCCCAGACGAUUCCGAGCCAGACGACGCGAAAGCAUUUGGGCUUGCCCAGGCAGAGACGUCUACCGGCCUAUUUGGUGUUGAGGACGAGGACGACUUUAUAAUUGACGAUGACCUUGUUGAUACCGAGUCUGCUGCCGAUGUGCUUCUUAGUGAGAGUGACGUUGAGUCCGAGGAAGAGGAAGAUGAUGCAGACGAUACCGAAUUCAUUGGCGAUCUUGAACUCCCCAAAGACAAACCAUCAGCAGCAAGUGAUACUAUAUCCAAAGCACCGAAUGACCCUUCCCUGGCAUUUACCUAUCCUUGCCCUGAGUCGCACGACCAAUUUCUGAAAAUUUUGGAGGACGUUGAUAUCGAGAACACGCCAGUAGUUGUCCAAAGGAUACGAGCGCUGCACCACGCUAGCCUUCACCCUGAUAACAAGGCAAAACUAGGAGAAUUUUCGAAAAUCCUGGUUGACCACACAGCGUAUCUUGCAAAUCAAUCUACUCAGCCUCCCUUUGCUGUUUUGGAAAGUUUACUACGGCAUGUUCACUCCAUGGCCAAAACUUAUCCAGAGGAGGUUGCAACUAGAUUCAGGUCACAUCUCCGGGAUAUUUCAGAUAACAGGCCUCUAAAAUUGCUACCAGGAGAUCUCGUUUUGCUCACAGGGGUGGCGAUGAUAUUCCCUACUUCUGAUCAUUUCCAUGCUGUCGUUACACCAUCAAUUCUUAUCAUGGGCCGCUACCUAGGUCAAGGGCCAGUCAAUUCCCUUACUGAUAUCGCGGCUGGGACAUACAUUGCCAGCCUAUGUCUUCAGUAUCAAGCAUAUGCUAAGCGAUAUAUUCCCGAGUUCAUAAACUUCACUCUAAAUUCCCUUUCUCUCCUUGUGCCAAAGGAAAUCAAAUCCACCCCUGGAUUUUUCCCUGUCCGAUCUCCAGAGUCCUCUAUUCGAUUACAAUUGGGUAAUAACGCCUCGAAAGAUGUCCAGAAAUUCCGAUUUUGGGAUAUUUUCUCUCCAGGCUUGAAAGACAAUGAUGCCGAGAGCCUCAAGCUAUCUCUUAUAAACAUUCUGAUCUCACUUAUUGAUAAUGCCGUCGGCUUAUGGGGUACCAAGCUGUCUGCCUUUGAAAUUUUCGAACCUACAAAUGCUGUUCUGCAGCAUAUGGCUGAAUCCUGUUCCAAGGGUAGCAUCCCCACUGCCCUCUCAGGCCACCUCCGUCAAUGCCUUAAAACAAUUAAAGUACUUCUUGCUACCAUGAAGAAAUCCAGGCGGCCUCUACUCCUACACAACCAUCGGCCGUUGGCGAUCAAAUCAAGCAUUCCCAAAUUUGAGGAAUCAUUCAACCCAGACCGACACUAUGAUCCUGAUCGUGAGCGUGCCGAACUCAGUAAACUCAAGGCUGAGCAUAAGCGUGAGAGGAAGGGUGCUAUGCGCGAGCUGCGGAAAGACGCCAACUUCAUUGCUCGUGAAAGCUUGCGGGAAAAGAAGGAGAGGGAUGCAGAGUACGAGAAGAAGUACCGUCGUCUUAUCGCAGAGAUACAAGGCGAAGAAGGACGAGAGGCGAAGCUGUAUGAAAAAGAAAAGAAAGCGAGGAAACAAUCGCGCAGAUAA